UAGCGAGACGCCUCACGUGACCAAGGCUGACACUUUCUCGCCGCGGGUGGACGUGGUUCUUGCCCACUCUUUUGCUCUCCUCGUCUUCAUGCAUAUUCGCGCAGAGGACACCACGCAGUCGUCUGGCGCGUCCCCAGCCCUCAGGUUACUCCCCCCGUCAUGGCCUGGAGGCGAGCGAGAACACGCUCCUCGUCUCGCCCGGUCCACCGUAUCAAUUAGCGGGCUUGUUUGGGAGCAGCAGGCGCGGAGAAGAAAAGAUGUCCUGGAUGGUGCCAUGUGAAUGACUGAAGACCAUGAAGCCCACUCGCAAGCUGCUGUUCGUCCUGUGUCCCAUGCUGGUCCUAGGCUUCAUUUACUAUUCCUCUGGGAAGCUACACCUACACGUAUGGGGCCAGAAGUUACAGCUUGAUGCUGAUGUGGCAACAGUAGUCCCGACUAAAGGGACUGAAGUGAAAAGAAUUGCAGAGCUGGAAUCAGAUACCUCCGUGGGACUAAUUGUAGGCUCAGUGUAUGAUAAUCAGGGCUUUUUGCUGCAGCUAGACACAAAAUUGCCACCAGAGUUGGCAUACAAGUACGGCAAUCUCAGUGAAGGAGUAUGCAAGCCAGGAUAUGCAGCAGCAAAGAUGACCACCAUCUAUCCAAAGUUCAUGAAGGCAGCACCCAUGUUUCUUGACCCCAACUUCAAGCGACUCGCAAAAGUCAGCAGUUAUUUGCCUCCGUUUGGAUUCAAAACCCAAGAGAGAAUCAUUGACAGCAUUUUGACCACCACCAAAAACUUUGGACUUGGAGACGAGCUGGACAGUCUCAGCUGUAAAAGAUGUAUCAUUGUGGGAAAUGGAGGCAUCCUAUCCGACAAGUCGCUGGGUUCCGUUAUAGACGACUAUGAUGUCGUGGUCAGAUUGAAUGAAGCCCCGGUGGCCGGUUACAGCAAAGACGUCGGGACCAAAACUACACUAAGAAUUACCUAUCCAGAGGGAGCUAUUCAGAAGCCUGAACAUUAUGAAAAGGAUUCCCUUUUUGUGUUUUCUGCUUUCAAACCACCGGACUUCAAGUGGCUUCGGCAGAUGGUCUUUAAGGAGAGACUGCGAGGAACCGAGGGUUUUUGGAAGUCCGUGGCCCAGCAUGUGCCUCGCGAGCCCGGCGAGAUCAGAAUCCUCAACCCCUACUUCAUCCAGGAGGCCGCCUUCCAGUUCAUAGGCCUGCCUUUUAACAACGGCAUCAUGGGAAAAGGGAACAUUCCAACCUUAGGCACGGUUGCCAUAACGAUGGCGCUGCACAACUGUGAUGAGGUGGCGGUGGCCGGUUUCGGCUACGACAUGAGCAUGCCCCACGCCCCGCUGCACUAUUACGAGACUGUCAAGAUGUCCGCUAUUAAGGAGUCGUGGACCCACAACAUAUCCAAGGAGAAGGAGUUCCUGCGCAAGUUAGUGAAGGCCAACGUCAUCACAGACCUCACCAAUGGUAUCUGAGUAGACUUCUCUCUUUACUGCGGCCCUUUCCCCACGGACUACCGCACAGGAAGCCGGGAAAAGGCAAGAAAGAAAGCCCAGUGGCCUUCGCACUGUGGGCUUCUCAUAUCAGAGGACAGGACUUCAAACCCAAGAAGUCAGUUUUGUGGUGACUUGCACACGUGCCUUCUGAACCAAAGACGCCGACCGACGCACGCAGUCGGCCACACGGGGCGGGGCGACUGGAUCCGCCCACUUCCUGUCUGAUCUCCUGCAUUUGAGCGGCUACCACUUUAGUUUUGACUUUGGGAAGAGCAGAAGUGAAGCUGACAGGGUGCAGGGACGGGCCGAGUAUUAGCAGUGCCAAACGUACCUCCGACGAGAGAGAAGUGGCGCUCCUCUCCUUUUCUUGACUGCCUGAAUGUAUUCACUUCCCUCAGUGUCAAUGGCAGAUUUAGAUUUGUACCUUUUAACCAGCGCCCUUCCCGCCUGUCCUCGGUUCUUUGGGUUCCGUCCAUUUGGUCACGAGCAGAGGUCAGCGAUGGACCUGCUGCCGGCUCCUUCAACAUGUACACGUAUUUGGCAGACCGACAAAAGGAUGAUUUAUUUAUGUGUAGGCAAUAAUGCAGAUCAAUCCGUGUUUUAAUACUUUUAUUUAUCUGAUUCUACAAUCAGACUGAAAAGCAGAAGAGGCGAUUGUUUUGCAGAAAUGUUCUCGAGGGAUUUAUUCCAGCUCGUCAUCCCUGUCAGGUGAACCCUGAUAGCUUUCAUUCGGACACUGGAUCUCUUGUGUGUGUGCACGUUUUUGUGCGCGCACGCGUGUGUGUGUGUGUGUAUGUGUGUGUGUGUGUGUGCGCGCGUCGGUACUGUCCGCAUCGCCACUGGACUGAAUGUCAAAACCUUUAUCAACCUCCCACUGCUGCAGAUCUUCUUGUGCACCAGAAAUGGAUAUUUUUUUGAUUGUCAACUCAAUGUACAUACACG